AUGACUAAGUGUAAGAAGACUGGGUGUAAGAUGACUCAGUGUAAGAUGACAAAGUGUAAUAUGACGAAGUGUAAGAUCACUAAGUGUUCUUGGCUAGUCCCACUGAAAGCUUCACAACAAAAAGUUCAGGGAAAAAUUUUCUCAAGUGGCAAGUUUUGUAACACAACCAGAAACAUCACGGUCCUGUCUGAUGGUUCCAUCUCAUAUACAGACUUCUUGUUUUGCACAGGUCAGCGCGAUCUAUGCUUAGGAGUAGACAGCAGUAACUCUCGGCAAUUGGUGACUCUAAGCUCUGGACUUCAGGUCAUGUGUGACACAGUGACAGACGGUGGAGGAUGGACCAUUUUCCAAAGACGUGUUUCUGGGACUGUAGAUUUUUAUAGGAACUGGACGGAAUACAAAAAUGGGUUUGGUGAUUUCAGUUCGGGUAAUUUUUACCUGGGCAAUGAAAACAUUUAUCUAUUAACGUAUACAAACGCAACAGAACUGAGAGUAGAUAUGGUCUUUGAUGGAACAAAUUAUUUCGCCAAGUAUUCCAGGUUUACCAUUUCUAGCGAGGAAGACGGCUACAGGCUAUAUGUUGGUGGCUACACAGGAAAUGCUAACAAUAGUCUAGGCUACCACAACGGUAUGAUGUUUUCAACGUUUGACCGCAAAAAUGACGCUUGGAAUUAUAACUGUGUGGCUUACAGUCACGGAGGGUGGUGGUUUAGAGCUUGCCUGUACUGUUUCCUCAACGCCGUUUGGGGUUCCUGGCUAGUCCCAUUGAACACGUCAGACACAAAUGUUCAAGGAGAGAUAUGGUCUACUGGAAAGUUCUGUAACACAACCAGAAACAUCACAGUCCUGUCUGAUGGUUCCAUCUCAGAAAAUGACUUCCAGUUUUGCACAGGUAAUGUCAUGUGUGACACAGUGACUGACGGUGGAGGAUGGACCAUUUUUCAAAGACGUGUUUCUGGGACUGUAGAUUUUUUCAGGAACUGGACGGAAUACAAAAUUGGGUUUGGUGAUUUCAGUUCAGGUAAUUUUUACCUGGGUAAUGAAAACAUUUAUCUCUUAACGUCAAACCGUCUAACAGAACUUAGAGUGGAUAUGAUCUUCAAUGGGACAAAAUAUUUCGGCAAGUAUUCCAGCUUCAACAUUUCUAGCGAGGCAGACGGCUUUAGGCUACACGUGGGAAACUUCACUGGAAAUGCUGGUGAUGGUCUAGCCUACCACAAUGGUAGGAUGUUUUCAACGUUUGACCGCAAUAAUGGCAAUGCUGGUGGAAACUGUGCAGCUGACCGUCGCGGAGCGUGGUGGUUUGGAUACUGCGAUAACUCUCAUCUUAACGCUGGUUGGGGUACAAGAUUUGUAUACUGGUAUUCCAUGUAUAAUGAAUCAUUCAGUGAAAUGAAAUUUAGAUCUGUUUAA